UGUAAAAUGCUCUAUACGGCUGCGAGCGGCGUCUCGUAGUUGGGUCCUCUUCGGUCAAGGCUCUGCUUGGAUAGAAUCUGGACCAGUGAAACACUGGACCAAAAAAAGGGAGGAUUCAUGGGGAGACUCGCCGCACAAAACGUCCGGAUUAUCUGACUGGAGCGUUUGGACGUUUUUAAACUCCUGUGCCCAGUUUCCAGACCGAGACGGGUGUUUUUAUUUGUGUUUUUAGCUGGGUCUGUGUAGUUUCUCGGUGCUCCGGUUAUGGCGGACCAGGAGGAGACGUUUAACAUCCAGAACUCCCCGGGUGGUUCGGAUUCAAGGGAAUUACAGAGCGACAAUAAACCGGAGAAGCAGAACGGGACCUCCAGCAAAUCCCCGUCGUCGCAGACGACUUACAUCCAGCAGGGAAUGGAGGGCAUAAAAGUCUACCUGCACGAAAGGGAACUGUGGAUGAAGUUUCACGAAGUGGGCACGGAGAUGAUCAUAACUAAAGCCGGACGGAGAAUGUUCCCCAGCUUCAAGGUGAAAGUGACCGGAUUAAACCCCAAAACAAAGUAUAUUCUCCUGAUGGAUGUCGUUCCUGCGGAUGACCAUCGAUAUAAAUUUGCCGACAACAAAUGGUCUGUGACCGGGAAGGCAGAGCCCGCUAUGCCCGGGAGGCUCUACGUCCAUCCGGACUCCCCGGCCACGGGGGCGCACUGGAUGAGGCAGCUGGUGUCCUUCCAGAAGCUGAAGCUGACCAACAACCACCUGGACCCGUUCGGCCACAUCAUCCUGAACUCGAUGCACAAGUACCAGCCGAGGAUUCACAUCGUGAAAGCGGAUGAAAAUAACGGCUUUGGCUCCAAAAACACGGCCUUCUGCACUCACGUUUUCCCCGAGACAGCCUUCAUUGCGGUGACAUCUUACCAGAACCACAAGAUCACGCAGCUCAAGAUUGAGAACAACCCAUUUGCAAAAGGAUUCCGCGGAAGUGAUGACAUGGAGUUACACCGGAUGUCCAGAAUGCAAAGCACCAAAGAGUACCCGGUAGUGCCUCGCAGCACAGUGCGACAUAGAGUUGGCUCCAGCCACAGUCCGUUUAACGGUGAGGUCCAGGGCAUGUCCACGCCCAGCACCAUGAGCUCCCAGUACUCCCAGUGUGAAAACGGGGUGUCGAGUACCUCCCAGGACAUGCUACCUCAGUCCAGCUCCUUCCCGCUUCCACAUGAGCACGGCCAAGAGUACUGCAUCAAGAGAAAAGUGGAUGAUGACUGUCACUCAGGCGAGCACAGCUAUAAGAAGCCCUACCUGGAGAGUUCUUCCAGUGAGGAGGACCAUUACUAUCGGCCUGUUGGCUACCCCCAGAGCCUCAGUCUCACCAGCGCAUCCUACCGCAGUGAGUCCAGCCAGCGGCAGGCCUGUAUGUAUGCCAGCUCCUCGCAAGGUGCCGAGCCUGUUCCCAGUUUGGAGGACAUCAGCUGCAACACGUGGGCCAGUGUCUCUCCUUACGGCAGUUGUUCCGUCACCACCAUGCAGCCGAUGGAGAGACUGCCCUAUCAACAUUUUUCCGCUCACUUCACAUCGGGGUCCCUGGUGUCCCGACUGGGUGGGGUGGGAGGCCACGCCUCUCCGCAGCUGGGUGAGAGCCACCACACAGCUAUGUACCAGAGCUCCAUGACCCACCAGACUCUGGGACGUCAGUGCAGCCCCGGAGCUGGGAUCCAGUCACCGACAUCUGGCUUGCAGGGAAAUGAGUACCUCUAUGCGCACGGCAUACCACGCACGUUGUCACCACACCACUACCACUCGGUACAUAGUGUCAGCAUCAUGCCCGAGUGGAGUGAGAACAGCUAAGAAUCGAACAAUUGCAUAUACUGAAGAGGAAAAGAAAGAAAAGGACAAAACAAAGUAAAAUUGGAUCAGUUAUAUUUAUAUUUCCAAAGACGUGUUGCUGUCAAUCUUAAAAAGAGCUGUAUUUCUUUGAGAAAAGUUGAAAUUCAUUAGAUGGUUUAUCAGGAGAGGGGGUAUCAUAAUUUAGGAAGUUGUAACAGCAUCUGCACUUAUACACAAGCAACAAGAACACAAAUGAAUAUUGGACUGGACCAGAACGCUCACGGAGCCUGAUCAAGUGCAGAGAAAGCUGACACUGAACGGAGUAGAAAUGCUUCAGAUGGCUGAUGCCAUUCUAACUGUGUUUUUCUGCAGCCUUCUGUUUUGGAUGCCAGCGAACAGCAAUUAUAUUUUCUGAAUGUUUGUUCUUUGUCACAUUUGCCGAAACUCAGUUUCUAUGACAUUUUUGUAGCAAACUUAAAUUGUAAAAGAAAUGCUGAGAGUAAGAAAAGCGAAAAGCAGAGCUUGAUGUUGGUUUAGUUGGCUUUAGUUGGCUCUUUGGUCAGUGUGGUUGCUCUUUAAAUCAGAAUGAUGAUUUUAUUUGCUAACAAAUAGGUAUAUUUAUGCACAUUCAAGCCAAAUACCUCAUUUAAUUUUUUUUAGGUGUAUGAGAUAAUACCUUCUAAACAUAUUCAUACAUCUACAUUUUAACAUUUCAUCACAUCACUCCAAUUUAUUGGGAUUUGAUGAGAUAGACCAACAAAGAGUAGUGCAUAAUUGUGGAAGUGUAAUGAAUAUAGAUACAUGGUUUUCAAAGUUUUUUUACAUAUAUAAAUUUGAAAAGUGUGGAGGGUGUAUUCAUUCAGCCUCUCUGAGGCUUUUUCUGCAGGUCUUUACCAGCUUUGCACAUCUACAGACUGAAUUUGUUGGCCUAAAUAACCUAAUCACAAUCAAAUUAGAGGAGGAGCAGCAAUUUUUUAUUCUGUCACAGAUUUUCAAUAUGAUUUAGAUUGGGACAUUAACUUGGUAAUCCUAACAUAUGAAUAUGCUUUAACCUAAAAUAUCCAGUUUAGGCGCUGGCUGCAUGUCUAGGUUUGCUAUCUUGCUGGAAGGUGACCGCACACCCCAGUUGCAAGUCUUUUGUAGCCUCUAUCCAGAUUUUUGGCCAGAAUCUUUAAGUAAAAAGUACCACAGUGUUUUGUUUUUUAUAUAUAUAAAUGGAAAGCUAAUUUUACUUAUUUUCUUAUUUUUACCUUUUCAGCAAUAAAGUAAAUAUGGAAUAUUUCAACCAAAACAAAAACAAAGUAAGAUGUUUGUGUAAACGUGAUCAUUGAUAGAUAAUUGUAGUUUCAACAACAACAGGAUAAAUUGCUGAAUGUAUGAGGCCUAAUUAUUUCUGUUUCAUAAUCUGUGAAAAUCUCAUCCUAAAAUGAGAAAAGUGUCCACUGGUCACACUUUAUACACCCCUGCUCAACCCAGUUUUCUGCCAGCAUUGUCCUGUUUUUAGCUUCAUCCAUGGGAUGGUGUUCAGAGGAAUUAGUUUUCCACCACAACUUGGGUUUUCCUACAAACCGUGCAGGCGUGUGCAAACUACCAUCAGGAUCUCUUAUGGCUUUUUUUUUUUCCAACAAUGAUUUCUUCUUGCAACUUUUCUAUAAAGGCCAGAUUUGAAGAGUCCACAUGUGUCGAAAGAUUUUCAGAUUCUCAAAAACUAAGCUUUCGCUUUCUCUGAGUUCCCAUGGACCUCUUGACUGCUCCUCUGAUUAAUGCUCUCCUUGUCCAGCCUGCUGAUUUAGGUGAAAGCCCAUGUCUUAGUGGGUUUGCAGUUGUGCCAUGCUCUUGAUGAUGGAUUGAACAGUGUUCCGUGAGUUGUUCUAAGCUUAGGAUAUUGGUUUAUCACACAGCCCUGCUUUAAGGAUUUUAUUCAGGGUAUCCGUGUAGUUUUUAUAGGCUGUAUUUGUGAAUAUAGCAAUGUAUCUUUUUCCUUCCUCUCCACAACUAUGUACUACUUUAUUUUUGGUUAACCAUAGAAAAUCACAAUUAAAAUUCAUUUUUUAAAUUUAAAAUUAGGAAAAGUUCUAGGGGUGUGAAUAAUUUUGCAAGGCACUGCUCAAAGCGGGAGCAGAACAAUUCUGCUGUUAAGCUAUCUAUUAGAACUGAUUAUUCCUCAGAAAUUACAGCAUUGUCACAUAGAGUUAUAGAUCCCAACCUCUAACAUGACCACUGUUGCUGCUGAGUGCAUUCAUGCUUAGAAAAACAUGGUAAUUUCAUGCCGACCCUCUCCCAAAUUUAUUUUGGGAAAAGCCAUUUCGUGGCACCUGUUUCUUUCUGUGCAUAAUAUAACUAGAUUAGAUGAUUUAAUCUAGGUUCAUUUUUUUGUUCCAGUAAUUAUCCAGAAUUCAGCCAUCUUAAUAGUUUAUUUGGGUGCAUUGGACUUCACCUUAAACUCAAAACACUAGAUUAAGCAUUUCUCGAGCAUCACCAUUUAUUCCAUCAGAAUCUAAAACUGUUUGAAUUAUAAAUUCUCAACUACUUACCUAUAGUUUUUAAAUGGACAGUUUUUAAAAUUUUUUAAAUGAGGUUCUGUUAAGAAUUCAUAAGCAGUUAAUAGCUUACCUGCAGUAGGUAAUUGUUGUGGUGUCUUCAUUUUAUUCAAAUCCAUAUAACUUAUUCCCAGAGGCUCAAAUAAAUGGCUAGGCUGAGACUGGCCAAGAUUAAAGCUUUGAUUGUUUUAAACAACUCUAAUCUGUGCCCCUUUUCACAGGUACCUACUCAGCAGUACAGCUCUACUCACUUUUCCGUUAGUAACGGUUACGUGGAACCGGUAAUAUUUUUACGUCCUGGUUGAAAGCGGUUACAACCGUUCCGAGUCGCACUGAACACGUGACGUCAGAACACUGUCUGUCACUGAUUGGCUAGGGGGGCGGCGUCACUAGUGACAUCAUAUUUUGAUAACUAAUAUCUUCAACUUUUAAAUCGUUGUACGCUGGGCUUAUUGUGUAUAUGAGCACUAUAGCAAGCUAGCAUUAGGUAGUGUCAGUUUACCCUUACACAUCCUCUAGCGCGUACCCUUCAGUUUGAUGCCACUCCUUUGCUUCCUUCUCUCUCCUGUUCUUAUCCAAAGUGUUUUGUCUUGCUGUCCACGGCCUUCUCUGGCUCUCUUCUUUCACUCUGAGUCUGAGAAAAGCCAAAGACUGAGUAGCAGGUUGUUGUGUUUGUGUCACAUAUGAAUCACAUCACAUUACUUUUUGGAUUGUAGGGCUGUCUUGCUAUUGACGAUCCCGCCCACAUUGAGAUUGUACUCGGUUGUACUGGAAAGCAAAUCAAACUGUGUAAAGCCGACCCAACCUGAUUCGAGUAGAAAUGGCAAACGGGCUUUAGGAAUGCCAAAGCAGUUUUAGUGGAGUAUAAUUAUUGUGUCAAAGACGUAAACUAUUUAUGACGUUUUAACAGAAACCUACCAUAAAAUUUUGGAACUACCCCUUUAAAGACUUUUCAAGACUUUUUUUCAGUUUGGAAGCUGCAACUGCAAGAAGAAGACUCAAACUUAGCAGGAUAUACCAUCAGUGAGGAGUUUAAAGAUGAAAUAGGAAAAAGCACAAAGAUCUAAGAAGAUAUUUAAAAGGAAACUUCUACAAUAUUUCAUUCAUUCAUGCAAGAGAGCAUGACUUUUAGAAGAUAACAGGAAGGAUGAAUGGAUUACAACAAAGGUGUUCAAUAAUAUUAUUUUGAUAUCAUAGAAAAUUAAAAACUUUGGUAGCCUUUUGGAAAUCUCAAAGUUAUGGGUCUAGGGGAAUACACACAGAGACUGCUGUGUUUGUAAUGUUAGCUGUGCUAACCACCCUACUUGCUAAUUUAGGAAGCUAAGAAUAGUUAAAAAAAGGAACUCCAUAAUUAUUUGGUAUUUGUUUUACAGUGACUACUCGCUUGCACUUGAGGCAUGAAGUUUCCUUUGAUCCUAAUAGAACUAGGCAAUGUUAGCCCAGGCAGGGAGGCUAGCUUUGGAAAAUCGGAUGUCCCAAAUUGGUCACAAAAUUUUAAUUGCAGACUCCCUGCCAUUAGGACAUUGUUAACAAUAUUAAAAUAUUCUAUGUCUUAAAGAAAUACAGCUUUUAGUAACUUGGAAAGCUCUGACUGUAAAUAAUAUAAAAAUAUCACUCCAGUUGGAGUACCCUAACCAAAUCUAAGAAAAUAUUUAAGAGUAAAAUUAAGGUUUUAGAGUAAUGUGAUGAGGUACUCCAGCCGUCCUAAUCUGAUUAAAAAUGUAUUUAAUGGGGAUACAUUAUAUCAGACUUUUAAAAGGUUAAUUAGAUUGGCAUUUCUCAUUCAAAGGCAGCUUCCACAUUUAAUAAAUCAAGAGAAAAAGACUUGUGACCAUCAUUUACACACAUUGCAGGACGUAAUACUGUUAAAAUAUUUUACUGGCCAUAGCUACACAAGCAUUGGGGAAUGGUGGACCUCUGGAUUAUUUAGAUUAGCAUUUAUUUUCUUUUGCAUGUGAUGGCCGACAACAGCACAGCAUUAUGACAGUAUGAAAACACCCGUUCUCUCUAAACAAAGCCUAGAUAUAUUAAAAGGGUAAUCUUUCUGUUUGGAUGACUGGUUAUUGUAUGUUUAUACAGACUAAUGUUGCACCCAGUGAAUGUGUUUUCUGAAAUAUUUCAUAUGAAACAUCAAGAAAGGCUCUUCAGAUAAUUGAAGAUGAUUAGCAGUUGGAACUUUUACUUGACACGCUUUAUGGAGCAAAGAUCUGUUUCACCUUUCUAAGGAGUGUAUGUCUGAAGUUUGUUUUACAUGUGGACAAAGGCUAAAUUUUAAGUGCUUGUAGUUCAUAGCAUUUUUUGUCAAUAGUAUUUAUUUUUUUAACUCUGUAAAUUAGCUUCCUCCAGCAAGUUUAAGAGACAGAUGGCCCAGUUUUUUAUAGCCCACUUUUUAUGAUUGUAUAGGAUUUUCUAAUCAUACUUAUAUAGACUAAAGGAAAUUACUAUACAGCUGUCAAGAAGUAUCUAAGUAAGACUGAACAAAUGAAAACAUACCUAGCUGUGUAAAUAAGCAUGUAAAUAGCAAAAUACCUGCAAUAAAUUUAAAAAUGUAAAACAU